AUGUCGUUCCCGCCUCACGAUAUCUCCGCCCCGUUCAACUUUGCGAAGGAGGAGGAAAAAGUCAUCGCGUUCUGGAGAGAGAUCGAUGCGUUUCAGACGAGCUUGAAGCUCUCGGAAGGGCGGCCUGAAUUUACCUUCUACGAUGGCCCACCGUUCGCAACCGGUCUGCCCCAUUAUGGACAUUUACUCGCCGGGACGAUCAAGGACAUCGUAACUCGCCAUGCUCAUGUCAGUGGACAUCAUGUCACCCGUCGCUUUGGAUGGGAUACGCACGGACUUCCUGUUGAACAUGAAAUCGACAAAAAACUGGGCAUCACCGGACGCGACGAUGUCAUGAAGAUGGGGAUCGACAGAUACAACGAGGAGUGUCGCGCGAUUGUAAUGCGCUACUCUUCGGAAUGGAGGAGGACAGUUGAGCGUAUGGGCCGGUGGAUUGACUUUGACAACGACUACAAGACGCUCAACCUGAGCUUCAUGGAGAGCGUGUGGUGGGCGUUCAGCCAGCUGUUCCAGAAGGGAAUGGUUUAUCGCGGGUUGAAGGUCAUGCCCUAUUCGACGGGUUGUCUGACGCCCUUGUCGAACUUCGAGGCUGGACUCGAUUACCGAGAUGUCAAUGACCCCGCCGUAACGGUAUCAUUUCCCCUCGCCGACGAUCCCUCGACGUCUCUCCUUGCAUGGACAACCACACCGUGGACUCUCCCCUCCAACCUUGCCCUGUGCGUCCAUCCCGACUACACCUACAUUAAGAUUCACGACGAAGAGCGGAAGGAGAACUUCAUAUUACACGAAAAUCUCCUCCGUACUCUGUACAAGGACCCGAAGAAGGCCAAGUACAAGAAGCUUGGAUCAUACAAGGGUUCGGAGAUGAAAGGGUGGCGAUACAUCCCGCUCUUCGACUACUUUGUCGGACAGUUCGGGGAGAAGGCAUUCCGAGUUCUCGUCGACAAUUACGUGACCGACGCAGACGGUACUGGUAUCGUGCACCAAGCGCCCGCAUAUGGUGAAGAUGAUCACCGCAUUGCACUCGCGCACGGUAUCAUCCGCGAAGACGAGAUGCCGCCCUCCCCCGUGGACGAUUCUGGCAAGUUCACCAAAGCUGCCCCUGACUUCGAAGGACAGUACGUUAAGGUCGCGGAUAAGGACAUUCAGAAGUACCUGAAGGCCAAAGGUCGUUUGGUGGUUCAGUCGACCUUGAACCACUCCUACCCAUUCUGCUGGAGAUCGGGUACCCCACUUCUGUAUCGCGCCAUUCCUGUUUGGUCCGUGCGUGUUACGCCCAUCGUCGAGCAACUCGUGAAGAACAACCAAGGAACGCGCUGGGUCCCCCAAAACGUUGGUGACAACCGGUUUGGUAACUGGCUCGCGAACGCGCGUGACUGGAACGUAUCUCGCAACCGGUAUUGGGGAACUCCCAUCCCGCUAUGGGUUAGCGACGAUCUAGAGGAGAUCGUCUGCGUUGGUUCGGUCGAGGAGCUGGAACGGUUGUCCGGCAUCACAGGAAUCACCGAUAUCCAUCGUGACAAAAUAGAUAACAUCACCAUCCCCUCGCGACAGGGCAAGGGUGUCCUGAAGCGAGUGGAGGAGGUGUUUGACUGUUGGUUCGAGUCCGGCAGCAUGCCGUACGCUCAGCUUCACUAUCCCUUCGAGAACAAGGAGCUCUUCGAGAGCACUUACCCGGCGCAUUUCAUCUCCGAGGGUAUUGAUCAGACUCGUGGAUGGUUCUACACUUUGCUUGUUCUGGGCACACACCUUUUUGGCAAGGCACCAUGGCAGAAUGUUAUUGUUACCGGUUUGGUGCUCGCAGCAGACGGCAAGAAGAUGAGCAAGAGCCUGCGCAACUUCCCCGACCCCAACAUCAUCAUCGACACAUAUGGCGCCGACGCUACGAGAAUGUACCUUGUCAACUCCCCCAUCGUUCGCGGCGACAACCUCCGCUUCCGUGAGGACGGCGUUCGCGAUGUUGUUUCACGUGUGCUCCUGCCCUGGCUCAACUCCUUCCGCUUCUUCCUGGGCCAGGUGGCACUCCACCGCAAGACUGGCGAGAUUGACUUCAAGUACAACCCACAUGCACCGGUGUCGAAUAAUGUCAUGGACCGCUGGAUCCUCGCGCGCUGCCAGUCGCUCAUCAAGCUCGUUCGGCAGGAGAUGGCUGCCUACAGGCUGUAUACCAUUAUCCCGCGCCUACUCGACCUCGUCGACGAGCUAACGAACUGGUACAUCCGGUUCAACCGCCGGAGGCUGAAGGGCGAGGACGGGAAGGAGGACACGCUUGCGGCGUUGAACACGCUGUUCGAGACGCUUUUCACGUUGUGCAAGACCAUGUCAUCAUACACGCCGUUCUUGACCGAGAAUCUGUACCAGUCUCUACGCCCCUUCAUCCCGGGGGACCCGGCAGCAGGGGACACGCGAUCCAUUCACUUCCUGCUGUUCCCGGAGGUCAAGGAGGAGUACUUCGACGAAGACAUCGAAAGACAGGUGAAGCGGAUGCAAACCGUCAUCGAGCUCACGCGGACCAUCCGUGAACGCCACAAUCUGUCGCUCAAGACUCCGCUCAAGGAGCUCCUGAUUUUCCAUGCAGAUGACAAGUACCUAUCAGACAUCCAGCCGCUCCAGCGCUACAUCCAGUCCGAGCUCAACGUACGGGACAUUGUCUUCACAUCCGACGAAGUACAGACCGGCAUCAAGUACCGCGCGGUCGCCGAUUGGGCCGUGCUCGGCCGCAAGCUGCGCAAGGACCUCGGCAAGGUCAAGAAUGCGCUCCCGGGCUUGUCGAGCGAUGACGUAAAGGCGUAUAUGGAGACGGGCAAGGUGACCGUGGCCGGGAUCGAGCUCGUUGAGGGCGAUCUCGCCGUACAGCGUUACCUCGAGCUCGGUGCCGCCGAGUGCGCGGCACAGCAGUACGCGACGCACACGGACAACGACGUAGUCGUGCGCCUCGACAUUCAGAUCCACCCCGAGCUCAAGAAUGAGUGGCUUGCGCGCGAACUGAUCAACCGUGUCCAGAAACUGCGGAAGAAGGCCGGCUUGCAGGCGACGGACGACGUAGACGUGUUCUACAAGUUCGAGGAGGGCACGGGCACGGAGCUGCUAGAAGCGAGCCGCGCACACGCGGAUUUGAUUAGCAAGACGGUGCGGAACGUGCCGGUGGACGUGACACAAAGGAAGGAGGGGCAGAAGGUGCUGAUCGAAGAGGAGCAGGAGGUGGCGGAUGUCAAGUUUGUGCUGUCAUUGGCGUGGCCUUGA